GAACUGGGUGCGGGGUGGGGAGAGAGAACUCCGGAGAACGGCGAGCGGAGCAGCACCGAGGACAGCGCCCGUGCCCUGGUCUCCGGGAGCCCGGACUCUCCCUCUCCAUCACACGCGCGCGCGCACACACACAGCACACACACGCACACACAUACACACACACGCACACACACGCACACACACUCAGACACUCUCUGCUGUACAAUGGCAGAAUCCCACCUGCAGUCAGCCCUCAUCACAGCCUCACAGUUUUUCGAGAUCUGGCUUCAUUUCGACGCAGACGGAAGCGGUUACCUGGAAGGGAAGGAGCUGCAGAACUUGAUCCAGGAGCUCCAGCUGGCACGCAAGAAGGCUGGAUUGGAGUUAUCACCUGAGAUGAAAACCUUUGUGGAUCAAUAUGGUCAGAGAGAUGAUGGGAAAAUAGGAAUUGUAGAGCUGGCGCAUGUCCUACCCACAGAGGAGAACUUCCUGCUGCUCUUCCGAUGCCAGCAGCUGAAAUCCUGCGAGGAAUUCAUGAAGACCUGGAGAAAAUAUGAUACCGAUCACAGCGGCUUCAUCGAGACUGAGGAGCUGAAGAACUUUCUAAAGGAUCUACUGGAAAAAGCAAACAAGACUGUUGAUGAUGCAAAACUAGCUGAGUAUACAGACCUCAUGCUGAAAUUGUUUGAUUCAAAUAACGAUGGAAAGCUGGAGUUAACUGAGAUGGCCAGGUUACUGCCAGUGCAGGAGAAUUUUCUUCUCAAAUUUCAGGGAAUCAAAAUGUGUGGGAAAGAAUUUAAUAAAGCCUUUGAGUUAUAUGAUCAGGAUGGCAAUGGAUAUAUAGAUGAAAAUGAGCUGGAUGCUUUGCUGAAGGAUCUGUGUGAGAAGAAUAAGCAGGAACUGGAUAUUAAUAAUAUUACAACUUACAAGAAGAACAUAAUGGCUUUGUCGGAUGGAGGGAAGCUUUACCGAACAGAUCUUGCUCUUAUCCUCUGUGCAGGGGACAACUAGAGUCAAUGACCACUUACACUAGCGAUACGUUGUAUCUAAAAAUAACUGUGCACUAUAAGGGUGUAGGCUGUAUUUUCUUUUAUAACUGUAAAUUUAACUGCAUUUAGAUAAUUAUCCAGGAUGUGUGGCACAUUCUUUUCAGCUUGUUUCUAUACUGUUUGUAAUGUACAGAUUUUAUAAGUAAAUGAUUGAAAAGGAGAAUGUCUAUGCUUAGACCAGUUAAUAUACCCAAUUUAAAAAAUAAUAACAGUAACCUGGGGCUGGAGCAAUAGCACAGUGGAUAGGGCGACAGUGGGUAAGGCGUUUGCCUUCCACGAGGCUGACCCGGGUUAGAUUCCCAGCAUCCCAUAUGGUCCUCUGAGUACUGCCAGGAGUAAUUCCUGAGUGCAUGAGCCGGGAAUAACCCCUGAGCAUUGCUGGGCAUGACCCAAAACAAGAAAACAAACAAACAAACAAACCACUAACCAAACAUUAGUUUCAUAAGCAUAAUUUGAACAAAAUUUCCCUAAAAUUUCCACCAGGAUGGAUAUUUAAAAUUCUGUUCCCAAAUGUGCAAAUACAGAUUUGCCACUAAAUCGGAGAGUUCUACAUAAUUAACCAAGUACUCUAAUUUAAGACAAUCAUAGGUCUAUCCUAGAAAAUAUUUCUAAGCUAUAUUUUCAAUUAUUAGGAAUAAUGGGCUUUGGCAACUAAAAUAUCAAUCAAUAAUUAAUUGUUGCUCUAUGAAAUUAACAUUCUUACUAGACAAGAUUUAGUUCAUUGAUCAAUAACAGGUCUAUUGUUUGAAUCCAUACCGAGCUAUUAUUGGUUCAAGCUGACAUGAUAAUGGAAGGCAGUGGUGGACAAUGCACAAAUUUGUCUGAGUCUAAAUCUGUAUUUCCAACAAGCCUGCUUUCAGAGUAUGACCUUAAUCCAUUUUCUAAACUGUUUUAUCGUGUUGCUAAUUAUAAUUAUCCUAGAGACUGCUGUUUUAUGUCCUAUUCUGUGUGAUCUGAUUAAAUUUAAUAUAACAAGUAUCCUAGUGUCAAGUUUGCAUACUUCCUGGAUUUUCUUUCUAUGUAGAAUUGUUAAUUUCCACCAAGGGUACCCGCUGCCUUUGAAAAUAUUUUUUUCUAGCUAUAACAACUCUAUUUUUUACUACAUAAUUGAAUUUUAAUGUAAAAUCAUAGCACCCUGAUUGUUCAAUGUUAUAUCAUCAAUAAUUUUGUGUAUUCUGUGAAUUCUAUAUUUCAUAUUGAGAUCAGUAUUCAAAAUAGUUCAAUUUCUAUCUGCAAAUAGUUUGAAAUGAGUUAAAGUAAUAUGCAAAGAGAAAUAUUAAUGUAAUCCUAUUCUUAUUUAGCAAGGGAGGUCCCAUAACAUUGUUUGACCCAAAUCAUAUUUCAUAUAUUGGUAGCUAGAAUAAGCUAAACUGGUUGCAACUGACAUGUAAUACUUGGUGGUUCCUUACUCUUUUAAUGUAAUUAGAGAGCUAUGAGAGAUAUGUCUGUUGGAAAUUCAUAAAAUUCCCACCAAAGAGUUGAUGGUUCUGGGUCACUUUAAUCAUAGCCAUUCUACAAUCCAACAUGAAUUUUCUCAAAUCACAGAAACAGAAACAAAAAAAGUGAUGAACCUCUUUUCCCCAAAAACAGAACAGAUAUCAGUCAGAAAACAAAUAUUAUCAAAUGAUGUGAGUGGUAGAUUGACUUUGCUUUUAGUGUGUAAAUGGAAGCACUGACUUUAGGCUGAAUUUAACUAUUAAGAAUAAAUAAAGAGGAAAAUAACUCUAAA